AGAGCGAGAGAGAUAUUUAUAGAGAGAGAGAUACAGAGAGACAUAGGGGGGGGGAGAAAAAAACAGGUUUGUGCUCUCCGGCUCUCUCCGCUCGCUCACCUGAGCGCGCGGGGCCAGGCCGGCGCACCUGUUGUACCUGCAGACACACUUACCUAUCAGCGGGAGGGCAGGCGACAGGUACAAAAGAGGCACUUUUACCUGGGCAAGGGACACCUUCGGCACACCUGGAGAGAAGACGCGUCGACAGAGAGAAUAUCGCGCUGCGAAGAGAGCAAGCCUCGAGCGAGGAGGAGGUGGAACACCUGAACGCGACUACACCUGGAGAAGAUAUCCGCCCAGCUGAAGAUCCGUCCGCCAGGAAGGAGUCUGCGUAGACACCUCCGGAUCUUCGGACGACAACAGCAACAGCAGCAAGCAGGCACGGCAGCUCUACCUAGGAGACGGCACACCUGUAAACGCAGCACCCCUGUCUACGGCAACAACAACAACAACACACCCGCCAGGCCGUUCGCCUUAGUCCGCGGUCUAACAUGACGGAUGUGUUCGACUGCGGCUCGGCUGACCUGCGGCCGGACUUCAUGAAGAGAGAGGCCGACUUCUACGGGCUUCACCAGGCGCACUCAUCCCCGACUCUCCCCGAGUCCACGUCGACGGACUCCAGCAUGAGCUAUUACCCCUCUCCUCCGAGCGCCUACGCUGGCUACGGAUCCUACUGCGCGCCGGCCUACGGGCAGCAGCAGCAGCAGCAGCAGCCUCUCAACCACUACCCCUACCAGCUGCCGCUGCAGGGAGCCGACAAGUCGUACCACCAGGGCUACCACCAGUACGGGGUUUUUGGUAGCGCCUACGAGGCGUACGGGCAGAGUGCGCCACCCAAGGCUACGGAGGAUGUGGACGAGAAGGAAGAGGCGUCGCGAGAGAGCGGAGUGCGCAUGGUGAACGGGAAACCCAAGAAGAUUCGCAAGCCCCGAACCAUCUACUCGAGCUUCCAGCUGGCCGCCCUCCAGCGCCGCUUCCAGCAGACUCAGUACCUCGCUCUGCCCGAGCGCGCAGAGCUCGCCGCCUCCCUGGGAGUCACGCAGACCCAGGUGAAGAUCUGGUUUCAGAACCGGCGCUCAAAGUUCAAGAAGAUCGGCAAGCACGGCGAGAUGAUGCCCACGCCGGCUCAGGCCAGCCCCGCCAGCAGCGACCCCAUGGCCUGCGACUCGCCGCCGUCGCCGGGCCACCAGCUGGCCCCGUCGUCCACCACGGGGGGCCCCGGCCACCUGGGCCCCGCGUCAUCCCCUUGGGACUGCCCCAGCCCUGCGAACAGCACGGCACUCUCCGCCGUACUCAUGCAAAGCGCCCAGCACCAGCAGCAGCAGCAGCAACAUCAGCAGCAUCAGCAGCAUCAGCAGCAUCAUCAGCAGCACCAGCAGCAGCUGCAUGCUCAGUACCCGCCGGUUGGCCCUUGGUUUGGGGGGCACUCUCACCUGCAGGGGCCGUCCACGUACGGGCAGCAGCAGACGCCGCCGCCGCUGCUGCACGCGCCACACAUCGACGUGAGCGCGACCGCCGCGUUCUAGCGAAGCGGAGCGAGGGGCGAGGGGGGAGGAGAUGGAGGAUGCGGCGACAGAGCAGCCACGGGCGUCACUUGCGCGACUGGCGAAACUGUUUGGAUCAACACGUCCUGUUGUUGUUGGUAUCAUUACCACCACCAACCACCACCACCACUACUACUACCUACCACGAGACCACGAGCACCGCCACGACGACCAUCUUUCAUGUUGCUGCUGCCACGCGACGGGGACAAUCCGAAUAAAAUCCGCGCGAAUUUUUUUAAAAGACGCAGGCCGACUUGGUGCAAGCUUCAGAUGCGUGACAUUUCAAAACGCAUUUGUGUUUUUUUUACUCACUUACUUACCACCAACGAGUAAUUUAAAAAAAAUAUAUAUAAUCGUUGGGUCGUCGCAUUAAGUGCAUCAGUUGAAGACAAAAAAAAACAGCGUAGAUAUUUCAGGGACAAUGGAGGUGUUCGUACGUUGACUUUGUCAGUCUCUCGGGGUCGAGACUCAAUGUAUUAUUAUUGUUGUUGUAGCUGUCCUUCGCAGUGCCUUCCUCCGGUUAUAGACAACACACACACGACACUUCUAAUUUAUCAAAGCUUGCAACAACGCAAUAUUUUCUGAAACAACAACAACAAGAACGAUGAUGAUGAUGAUCAAAAAAUGGUAAAACAAAACAAUUACGAAAAGGUAUACGGAAUUAAAUAUAAACACAGAAUUGUACAUAACCCUCUACAACGAUAUCAUUAUACCCCACCUCUAUACUAUUGAUAUAUAUUCAGUGUCAUAUAUAUAAGUUAUUGAAUUUCAGUGUCGCUCCCGUGAACGUUUGUUUCGCGUUGUGUUCAAGAAAACAAAAAAAAAUAUUCUAAUAUCGCUGUAAAUAUUUUGGUGGCAUCUCGCCAUCAGCUUUGCGUGUGCAUCAUGCACCAGUGCACGAACCUCAUUGGGUAUGGGUCACACACGCGCACAUCGUCACACGUGCGCGAACACACGCACGCACGCGUGUACAGACAACCCAUAGCUAAACAUAUACAAAAACACACACCACACGCAUUCACAACAACAGCAACCAAGGAAUUUGCACGCAUGCACACACACACACACGAUCACACACGCACACACUGCUUCGCACAUACAUAUACUCAAUCAUAAUACAACAUCCAUACAUAACAUACAACACAGACAAAGAUCCCCUGUAUAGCCUUAAUAUACUGUUGGGACAAGUGCGAUUAGCGAACACCUAUGAAGGCCGGCACGGCACACGAGGGGUGGUUGGCCAGCACCACGCCCGGUCGCCUUUGUCUCUCGGAGUGGCGAUGUUUACACACCGCACCAGGUACUCAUUUUAGGCUGAGUCGAUCUAGGGGAGGCCCAGGACCGGUUAAGAUAAUCGUUACUGGUGUUGGCCAUGAAGUGGGAAUCGAACUCGUGUCGCCGGGUUAGUAGCACAGCGCGCUAACCGCUACAUUACAGAUCCCCAAUCAAAAUACACAAACAUAGACCCCCCCCAUAUAGCCUUUAAUAAACUGUUGGGGCAAGCGCUGUUAGAGAGCGCCUAGAAACAAUCACACACGACAACCAACACAUUCACGCACAGACAAACACACAUGCACACACACACACACGUACACGCACACUCAUACACACACAAACACGUACACAUGCACACACGCGUACACACACGCACGCGUACACACACGUACACACACACAUGCACAAACACGCACACUCAGAAGGUUCCGUUCACAUGAAACCUUAUCCGUCGCUCUUAAGUUUAAGCGCAAAAGGGCGCGCACUUUUGCACGAGUGCAUAUGGGUAAGCGUAGCCCCUUUACGACAACUUUGGUGGAAUAUGAUGUAUUAUUUAUAUUCAUUAAAGUUCGCAGUCUCAGUGGCCCCGUAAUUUAUUUGUAACAUGAGACCCCCACCCCCCCCCAAUCCCCUGCGCGCGGUAAUAAA